GUACAACCAGCAUUGCUUGGCAACAAAGAAUAACUAGACUUUUAUCAAUAAUACAUUAAGUGGACUAGAAAAGAUGGGCCUUCUAGAACAUGCAAAUUGCGUGGCGCUGAUUGUUCUAUUCUUGAUAACUUGUGCCAGGACACAAACGACACAGAACAUCAACGUCUUAUUUGUGAAUGAAGAAGGGAAUUUGGUGGCGGAAAAAGCGGUGGAUGUUGCUGUCAACUACAUAAAGAAAAACAAUAAAUUGGGUGUCAACACAGAUCCUGUUAAAGUGGUUGGAAAUAGAACAGAUGCAUCGGGGCUUUUGGAUUCUUUGUGUAGCAGCUACAACGACAUGUUGGCAAGUUCUAUGUUUCCACAUUUGGUCUUGGAUACCACCAUGACGGGUCUAGCUUCAGAAACAGUUAAAUCGUUCACAGCAGCUUUAGGUAUACCGACAAUCAGUGCCUCUUUUGGCCAAGAAGGUGAUCUACGACAAUGGAGGAACAUUGACGAAAAUGAGAAAGAAUAUCUCAUCCAGAUUCUACCACCGGGUGACAUUAUUCCAGAAAUUGUCAGAACAAUAGUGCUUAACCAAAACAUAACAAACGCAGCUAUACUUUUCGACGACUACUUCGUCAUGGACCACAAAUACAAAUCGUUGCUUCAAAAUGUGGCAACCAGACAUGUUAUCGCACCAAUUAAAGAACCAGAUAAAAUCGGAGAACAACUCAAACAACUAAGAAAAUUAGAUAUUGUCAAUUUUUUUAUUUUAGGGAGUUUUGAAAAUAUCAAACGUGUUUUAGAUGCUGCUGAUAGUGUAAAUUACUUCAACAGAAAAUUUGCUUGGCAUGCCAUCACUCAAGACAAAGGGGACUUAAAGUGCAAUUGCAAAAACGCGACCAUUAUGUUGGCUAAACCUGUAAUAGACGCGCAGUAUCAAGACCGCCUCGGUUUGAUAAAGACGUCUUAUCAACUAAACGCAGAACCGGAAAUAGCCGCCGCUUUUUACUUUGACUUGGCGCUGUAUUCGUUCCUAGCAAUCAAAGAAAUGAUAGCAGAUGGUGCUUGGAAAAGAAACAAUGUCACUAACUACAUUACAUGUGACGAAUACGACGGCAAAAACACACCUAAACGUAUAGGUCUAAAUCUGAAAAAAUACUUCAAUAAGGAAACUUCAGAAACUCCGACCUACGGUCCCAUAAGCAUAGUUUCAAACGGUUACAGUUUCAUGGAAUUCAACAUGCAACUAAGUGCAGUGGGUGUGAGAGAAGGUUCAUCAGACAAGUCUAUUGCUUUGGGGACUUGGAAGGCCGGCUAUGACAACAAUUUAACCCUUCUGGAUUCUCAAAGUAUGAAAAACUAUACUGCUGAUGUAGUGUACAGAGUAGUGACUGUGGAGCAAAAACCAUUCAUUAUUAAAGACGAUUCCGCUCCGAAGGGUUACAAAGGAUACUGCAUCGACCUCAUCGAUAAAAUUGCCGAAAUAUUAAACUUUGACUACGAAAUAUCAACAGUCAGUGAUGGCAAGUUUGGAAAUAUGGAUGAAAAUGGAAAAUGGAACGGCGUCGUGAAAGAACUGAUGGAAAAACGUGCCGAUAUAGGUCUUGGAUCUAUGUCGGUCAUGGCCGAACGUGAAAACGUGAUCGAUUUUACUGUACCGUACUACGACCUAGUGGGAAUCACUAUUUUAAUGAAACUUCCAACAACUCCUACUUCUUUGUUCAAAUUUUUGACAGUCUUGGAAAAUGAGGUGUGGUUGUGCAUACUAGCGGCUUAUUUCUUCACGAGCUUCUUGAUGUGGGUGUUCGAUAGAUGGAGUCCUUACAGUUACCAGAAUAACCGAGAAAAAUACAAAGACGAUGAGGAAAAGCGUGAAUUUAACUUGAAGGAGUGUCUUUGGUUUUGUAUGACUUCACUAACUCCACAGGGAGGUGGUGAAGCCCCGAAAAAUCUAUCCGGGCGUUUAGUAGCAGCUACGUGGUGGUUGUUCGGUUUCAUCAUCAUAGCUUCAUAUACAGCUAACCUUGCAGCUUUUUUGACUGUUUCCAGAUUGGACACACCUAUAGAAUCUCUAGACGACUUAUCAAAACAGUAUAAAAUUCAAUAUGCUCCUCUAAACGGAUCAUCAACUAUGACCUACUUCGAACGAAUGGCUAACAUAGAAGCUAAAUUUUACGAAAUAUGGAAAGAUAUGAGCUUAAAUGACAGUCUGUCGGAAGUAGAAAGAGCCAAACUUGCCGUUUGGGACUAUCCAGUGAGUGACAAAUACACUAAAAUGUGGCAAGCUAUGAAAGAAGCCGAACUACCCAAUACACUCGAGGAAGCAGUGAAAAGAGUUCGAAUUUCAAAAUCCUCAAGUGAAGGUUUUGCCUAUUUGGGUGAUGCCACCGACAUCAGGUAUCUAGAAAUCACCAACUGCGACCUUCAAAUGGUGGGAGAAGAAUUUUCCCGGAAACCCUACGCUAUCGCUGUCCAACAAGGAUCACCCUUGAAAGACCAGUUCAAUACGGCAAUUUUGCAGUUACUAAAUCGACGAGAACUAGAAAGACUAAAAGAGUUGUGGUGGAGUAAGAACCCUGAAGCCAAGAAAUGCGAUAAGCAAGAUGACCAAUCUGAUGGAAUCAGUAUACAAAAUAUUGGUGGUGUCUUCAUUGUCAUUUUCGUGGGUAUUGGAUUGGCGUGUGUGACAUUAGCGUUCGAAUACUGGUGGUACAAAUACAGGAAGGGGUCUAAGGUGGUGGAUGUUCAAGGAGCACCAGCUGUCAAACACCAUGAUAUGACCACGAAAAUUGGUGACGGUUUUAAUGCUAAAGUAAAUAAGUUGUAUCCACGUUCACGAUUUUAACUCGAUUGUCGAUUUUUUGUGCACACACAUGUGUUCAUUGAUCGGAUUUCGAUUGAAUGUGGUUUUAUUAAUGCAAAAACGCACAAAAUUUUACACUGGACAAACUUCGUGUAAAAGAUAAAAUGGUAUUUUGGGUUUGUGCUCUGCGAUAACAAAAGUUUGGGUUUUGUGUUAAGAGAAUUAGAUGUUUUUAUGUGUGUACAUUUUUCUACAAUUGGUUUAGACAUUUUAUCAAUUAUUGUUUUUGUGUAGAAUCAAAUGAAGAAAAUAUUUGUAGUAACAU